AUGUCUAGCGGCGACAGUGAAAUUGAUGUGAUAAAGACACGAAUAUCUACUUGUGAUGCUGUGGACAAGGAGGAUAGCACUGUACUUUAUGCAUUUGAACCAAACCCUGCCUGUGUAAAGAAUGAAGCAGCUUUUAUGUCUGAGGCAGUGGGCCCCAAGGAGCAGCCCAAAACAGUGGUGGAUGUCCUGAGCCAUUGCCAGGUUAUAUAUGAUGCCAUUCAAAGCCUGGAAAAGAAGUGUGAUGUCAUUCAUGGAAAGAUCUCAAAAAUCCAUCGUCGGCGUUCCAGGAUGUUUUGGUACAAUCGUAAGUCUCGUGGCUAUGCAUACAAGUGCUAUGCUAUCCCGUUUUUUAAGAGAGUGAAACUUCAGAAAAAGGAGAAGAAGGAGACUACUGGUUCAUUCUCUUACCCUGUUAGUUACAGCCCCACUUUACCGGUGCAAAGGCCGGGAAAUGAUGCCCAGCUCCAUAUGUCAACAUCCUUUCCAUCUCUGGAUGACGGGGGCGACUCAUAUAUCAGGGAGCCCGAUGAGCCAGAGCCAGUCCUCAGGGAGAGUCCGUUUCCCUCUCGCUUCCCACGUUCAUACCCACAGUAUUUCUCGGAUGAGCCAGUAGCGAGCACUUCUGCUGCUGCUCCUCCCCGCUGUGGCAGUCCCGGAAGCCGCAGCAUCACCAGUAUCUUCUCUACACGGGCUUCUGCGCUGCCCCCUAGCAUCAUGGCCUCUGGCCAGCCUCCGCCACCUCCUCUGGAGACUAAACUUUCCACUUCAGGUGCCUGCUUCCCACCUGGUUUUGCUACAAGUUCACCAAUUGAACCACACAACAGUGUUUUGAAGUCAAAUUUCACUGAUGAACCUUCAGGCUGGUCUGUGGAAGAAGUGAUCAUGUUCCUGAAACAAACAGAUUCUCAGGCAAUAUCUCCCAUCGCUGACCUCUUCAGGAAACAUGAAAUCGACGGGAAGGCUCUGCUGCUCCUCUCGAGCGACAUGUUGAUCAAGUACAUGGGGCUGAAGCUGGGCGUGGCUGUGAAGCUAUGCCACAGCAUCGAAAAGCUUAAAGAAGAAGUCACCCAACAGAGUGGCUGCCAGAGUCGGACUCAGCUCCUCGAUGGCCACAGCCUGGCAGCCCUGACGUUGCAGAUCUCAGGCCUCCCAGCCCUCACAGGUCCUCCUGGUCUUGUGGUCCCUCCGUCCGUUGUUCCUGGAGAUUUCGGCCAGACGUGUCAGAAGUGUGAAGUUUCCUCCCUGUGGGCACUGCGAAGAAUUGAAAUGCCAAGGUUAAGGACCCAUGAGGGCGACCAGCAUGCUGAGGGCUCUCGAUCCGGAUUCAAGGCUGCAAACACCUUGCUGCACUGGCCUCAGGAGCACCCAGUGAUGGGCUGGGUGGGAGGGCAGAGUCCCCUGUGGCCCAUCCUUCGGGCCCUGUGA